AUCAUUAUCAUCAAUCCACUACAUGCGCAGUAUGUCUGUGCCAGCUUGACUACUCACAUCAACACCUCAACACCUCUCUUCCCCCCUCUCUCUCCCCCUCUGUCUGUAAGCAUCUUCGUUCUCUCUCUAGAAAACGAUAAAAGUGUCGCCAUGUCGUCGGACGAUGAGGGAGGAGAGGAGUACCUUUUCAAGAUCGUGAUAAUUGGGGACUCAGCAGUGGGCAAAUCGAAUCUGCUUUCUCGGUAUGCGAGGAAUGAGUUCAAUUUGCAUUCAAAGGCCACCAUAGGCGUAGAAUUCCAGACCCAAAGCAUGGAAAUCGAUGGAAAGGAAGUCAAAGCUCAGAUUUGGGACACCGCUGGUCAAGAAAGAUUCCGUGCGGUCACUUCUGCUUACUAUAGAGGUGCUGUUGGUGCUCUUAUUGUUUAUGAUAUUAGUCGCCGUACUACUUUCGAUAGCGUUGGUCGAUGGCUAGAUGAGCUCAAGACUCAUUCUGACACAACUGUGGCAAGGAUGCUGGUCGGGAACAAAUGUGAUUUGGAGAAUAUUAGGGAUGUAAGUGUUGAGGAAGGCAAAAGCCUUGCAGAAGAAGAAGGGUUAUUCUUCAUGGAGACUUCUGCUCUUGACUCAACCAAUGUUAAAAAGGCUUUUGAGAUUGUCAUUCGCGAGAUUUAUAACAAUGUGAGUCGGAAGGUCUUGAACUCAGAUACUUACAAAGCUGAACUAUCAUUGAACAGGGUAACCCUCGUUAAUAACGGGACGGAUGGAUCAAAACAAUCCCAAGGCUAUCUUUCCUCCUGCUGCUCCAGAUAACCUCUUUUCUUCUCAUUUCAAAAAGGCAUACAAGUUGAGGGCUUUUUUGUGGUUGGUUUGUUAAUUCAAUUUGGUUGGUUUCUUUGUUACCUUAAUGAAUAUGUCUUAAGGGUUCUUUACUUACAAAAUAAGUUGAUUAUAUAGAUAUGAAAUUGUUUAGUUGAAUACAAAAAAAGGGCAGUCAGUUUUUUGUGCUUUUAGUUACAAGAAUCAUGGUUUCGCGCGCUAAAUAUCGCAAAAGAUGAUCUAUUUUGUGAGAUUGUGUAAUGUACACUAGAAGGGUCACAUAUAGCUAUUGGAUUUGUUUGUUCUUUUGCUCUAUUUGCCAGUUAUUUCAUGUGCUUUUCUAGCAAGGAUGAACAGAUUAGAGAUGAAUCUGUUAAUUUGUUGCA